AAGAAGCUUAGCGGGUGACGCCAGUCAGUUAGACGAAAUGGAGAGUUCUGGUAGCGCCAUUACAGCAGUGUUGUACAAUUAAUUCGUGCUAAAAGCGAUAGACGCGACGCUUUUUCCCGCUUCUUACCGACGCUCGGCGUCAUUUCAUCGGUUCGUGGCUAGAACCGAGAAAGAUAAUUCGAGUUUAAUAUUGAACUAUUAUUCAAGAAUACGUGGACGUAAUAAAAAGGUGGAACGGAAGAGGAAGAAGAAGAAGAAGAGAAGGUGGAGGAGGAGGAGAAGAAGAAAAAAAGAAAGAAGGAGUAAAAAAGAAGAAAAAUUAAAAGAGGGAGAAUAAGGAUUACAUUGAAAGGUGGGAUAUCGGUGUAUCUCGGUUACGUAGUGUAUGUGUGUGCGUGUGUGUGAUUAGUAUUGUAGUAGUGUGGAAGGUGGCGGUGACCGGUGACGAACUAUCACCGAGGGCACGUUUUACAAGCUUUUCGCUGAUAUAACUCGGCAACGUUGGAUAUAUUGUACAGCAGCAGCAGCAACAGCAACGUGCGAGGGAGGACGCGCCACGAAGCGCCAAUAACUGAACUAGGCUACAACACACCUACCGAGACUUUGAACGAAAAAGAUCAAAACAAAAUAUAAUUAAAUAUCAAAGGAUAAUAUAAUAAUGGAGAAUAGACCAACGCCGUUACGUUCGAGACGGGUAUGCAGAUUCUGCCUAACCGAGACCGAACCUUUAAGCUUCAUUUUCGACAGGGAUCACAAAAAACCUUUCCAUGUACCGCUCACCUUGCAGAUCAUGUCCUGCGUUGCCAUCGAGGUUUAUGCUGCAGAUGGAAUGCCGCAGAUGAUAUGCAACCUGUGCAGAUGGAAUUUAGAUCGUUCGUACAAGUUUAAAUCUCAAUGUAAAAAAGCGGACGAAGCUUUAAGGGCAUACCCUUUGUCGGGUGUCUUACCACGACCAUUCCCACCAAUAUCCAAUGAACCACCAGAAAGUGGAACGAAGAGAGUAUGCGAUCAGAGAACGCAAAAUGAGAAUACAAAGAAGCCACGCGUUGACAACGGUGACAGAGAAAGACGAGAGAACAGAGAACGUGACCGAGAUAGGGAGAGAGAAAGAGGGGAAAGGGGGGAAAGAGAGAGAGAAAGGGAAAGGGAAAGGGACAGAGACAGGGAGCGCGAAAGGCAAUCGGACAAACGGGAAAAGAGUGAUACUCGUCAUGAUUUUUACGAAGAGGAUCAAGAUGCUGGCAGCGAGGACGAACAAGAGACGAAUGAUUCGAAAGAGGAACGUCCUAAAUUAGAACCCGGUGAGAUUAGGGUUCAUGCUUGCGAUCAAUGCGAACGUACAUUUCCGUUACGACAAUCGCUUGUUGUACACAUUCACCGUGCCCAUCGCGAUCGUAAUUACAAGUGUACCGAAUGCGAUCGUAUGUUUUUCUCUAAAUACGAUUUGGGCAAGCACAUGGCUACGCAUUCCGAGGAGAAACCAUUCUCUUGUCAAGUAUGCAACAAACAAUUUUCACGAAUGAGUUUGCUACAACGGCACGAAAAAUCGCAUCGCGACGAGUUGCGUUUCGCGUGCACGCACUGCGACGUAGAAUUCUUUACGAGCGAGGAAUUGCAAAAGCACGAGGAUGCCGUACAUAAGAAAGAGAAACCCUACCAAUGUAAUAUCUGUAACAAACGAUUCUCUUACAAGCAGGGAUUGGAGCGCCACGAGAUGAUGCACAGCGAGGAUAAGACGUUCGUUUGCGAGUACUGCAAAGAAGCUUUCCGCACUAGUACGAAAUUGGCGCGCCAUUUGACGACUCAUGCAGGACACAGGCCGUAUCUUUGCAAACUCUGUCCACGUUCUUUCCUUUUGUCCCAUCAUCUUACCAGACACAUGCGCUCACAUUCCGUGGAAAAACGUCACGUUUGCGAGGAUUGCGGUAAAGCAUUUAAACGCAAGGAAAGUUUGGAGGUACAUCUUUUGACGCACACCAAACGCACGGGUAUGGGAUUGACUUGUGACGUUUGUAAGCAAUCCUGUCGUAAUCGGGCGGAUUAUGUCACCCAUAUAAAACAGCAUAUCGAGGCUGGAGAAAAAAUGGGACCGGAUGGUCUGGAACCGGAUAAUAAGGUUAAAAUGGAUUCGGAAGAAGAGCAGGAGGAAGAAGAACAAUAUUCUGAUGGGGAUGACGAUUACGAGCCACCAGCUUAUGUCAUUAAGAAACUUCCGAAAGGUAAGCCUACCGAGAGCGAAGAAGAAGCUGAGAGAGCUGACAAAGAGGAUCGUAAAGAGCAAGUCGUUUAUGUAAGAGGAAAAGAUGGUAAUAUGGUGAAAAAGACGAUAAAAACGUUGAUGCCUGUUCAACGCAGAGAAAUUCAGGAAACAAAAUCUAGCAAUACUCCGUCGACUGUAAAGACAUCGUCGUCGUCGUCGUCGUCGUCUCAAUCAAAAGACGAGACGCAAAAGACUCGAGUCGACGAUACGGAAGCACAAGUACAAAAGAUCGUGGCUUCUGUCUUUAAAGAACAUAAAAUCCCUCUAAAGCAUCAAAAUGUUCAGGAAAUUGCUAAAGACGGCACUCCUUCUUCCAGUGGUCAAACUAUUAAAUCUCAAUCAUUGUCGCAGAAUUCACAAGGACAAGUAGUUUGUAAGGAUGAAAAAGUAGAUCUGUCGUCGAUCGGUGGGUCUUCGAAAUCGAUUAACACGGUGAAAGUUAUCAAGAGAAUCGUUAUGAGAAAGUCUAAUACUGGUACGGAUACGUCGUCGUCGUCGGUUACAACAGUAGCACCUAAAGAAGAAGUUCCGAACCUCUUAGCUCAAACGUUACCUGCUGGUGGUGGACACAAGGUUACGAAACGAGUGAUAGUUCGUAGAAUUAUUCGUCAAGGGGAUACCACGAGAGAAGUUAUCAUGAAUCCAGAUGGUACGAUAAUCGAUCCAGCCGAGUUAGCUAAACUUCCUACUGGUAAUGUUGUCAAAAGAGUGAUCGUUAAGAAGCCAUUGGAUAAAACUUCAGGAUUGGUACAGGCUGUACUUCAAUCUUCUGCAGAUACUCGACCAACGACUACAUUGAAAACUAAUGAAUCCUUAUCACUGGAAUCGCCUAAGUUUGAGCUGAAAACAUCUCAAUUUUCCAACAUGUCAACGUCCACACCGAAGACAACGACAGAACAGAAAAUGAGUGAAUUGACGAAAGGCGAUCAAGAGACUAAAGAAAAGUUGGAACAAUUGGAGAAACGAGUAGAACAGCAACGAUUGAAGAUCGAGGAACUUCAAGCACGAAAGCAACAAGAAUAUGAACCGAUAGAUGAGAUGUUGCCGGAACGACACGAUGAGUCGGAAGACGAACAACAAUUACCAUUGAAGAGGGUAUUCGUUAAAAGGAAACAAAGUAUUUAUGAUGAGGAACAAGAAUAUAAUGAUGACAAACCAAUCAUAUUUGGUGUAUUACCCGAAAAAGAGAAUCAACAGGAACAACAGCAGCAGCAGGAGCAACCCGAAGUUAAGGAAGAUAAUCAAGAAAAUGUCCAAAAGUUAGAGGUCACGACAAUAACCACGACAGCAGAUGGCAUACAAAUUGAAGUCCCUUCCCUAUCUACAACAGUUACUGCUUUAACACCAAUAACACCGACUACAACGGCAUUGGUCCUUGCCGCUCCUGUUAGUGUAUCAAGGAAAGAAAACAGACAAGGCAUUGUGUCAAGCUCUAAAGUAUAUGGAAACAAAAAGAUUAUAGUCUUAAAAUCCGAAGAUACUACCGACGUGGAUGAAAUGAAUCGUGAACUUAGCAGCAUCCUUGAUUCGGCUGAUACGGUAGCCAAAAUUCAAGAAACAGUAUUAACUAAUCUCACACAGAUUUCUUCAUCGGUUGGUGAAAAUUCGCAAAAGAUUUAUACGGAAAAAUUGAAACAACCGCAUAUUGUUGCAUCUACGUCAAUAGACGUUGACGAGAAACCCUCGGUGGUGGUAGAAGAAACAGUUAACGAAAAGGAACAGGAAAACAACUUGAAGAUUCAAGGAGUUGUUUCUAUGGAUGUUUUAGAUACCCAAGUGAUAGAAUUCAAAACGGAUUUAGAACAAACCAAUGAACAAAUCAUUGAACAAGAUGAAAAUCAAGAAUCUAACUUAGCCUUGGAUACCCAAGAUCUUUCAGAGUCUACGGAUAUUUUUGAACCGUCGGACAACGUCUUAGACGUUCAGAAAAAUGACAAUACGUUAGAGGAUUCGGUUAUUGAGUUACAUCACGAGAAUGAUACUAUUAAUUUGAACGAUACCAAUGAUAGUCAAGACAGUCUUGAAGAUAAGCUUUCACAAAUGGAAGGUUAAAUUUUAGUAAAGGUGUUCGUCCAACGACCCUGAUUCUUCUAUUUUAAGUGCAUCUUAAAGAAGUUUUAGAUGUACGUUUUAGUUACGAGUCGAGAAUUAUUCAUUUGAAAAUUAAGUAUCUUGAUAUAUUAUCUCAUACACAAACACAUACACAUACAGUCUAUUCAUACGUUUCAUUCAUUCUUUAGAGCUAUAAUCUUGCAAUGGAAACAAUCUAUUUACAUUGAUGCACCGAUCAAAUGAUUAUGUUUUAAUUUUUUUCACACACUAUGCAUGGUUCAUUUUUCUUCCUAUUUUUAUGAAAGAAAAUAUCUCCCAGAAAUAUUCUACCUAUCCGCCCCCUCCCCUUCCCUCCUCUAAUCCAAAAAAAUAAGAAAAAUUAAAAUUACAAGUUUCAAGUAGUAAGACGUGCAUAUUAGCAAUUUGUUAAAUAUAAUUUACAGCUGUGUUGCUAAAUACAAGAUUACAAUGGAUUAGUUUUGUGGUUAUUUACGAUUAAAAGAUAAUCGUAAUAAGACGAAAUGAUAAUAUUGACAUUUUAACAAGCAGUCACGAUUAUUCAAAAAAAUUAUGAAAUCUAAGGUGGUGCAUAUACAUAUUAAGAAUUGUUUUAAGAAUAUUUGUAAUUAUCUAUCCAGAUGAAAACAAAAUUUAUGGCAUACGUACUAGUAAAAUAUGUUGUACAUGCUAAACA